AUGGAGAGUAAUAAGGAUGAGGCCAGGCGGUGUCUACAGAUCGCCAAGCUAUCGCUGCUGGCCGGGGAGUGGGAGAAGGCCAAGAAAUUUCUGAAUAAAGCGGAGAAGCUGUAUCCAAGCACAGAGGCCCGGGAACUGCUGGAAAAACUUGAAAAAGAUGAUGGUACAUCAAGAAAUGGACCUCAGGCAACAAAGCCUUCAAAUGUUGACAAGCAAUGCAAGCAAAAUGCAGAGAAGGAAAAUGUUGCUGGGGACACUGGAAAGAGUUACACAAAGGAACAGAUGGAAGGCGUGCAAAGGAUAAAGAGCUGUAAAACCUAUUACGAAGUUCUGGGUGUAAGUACUGAUGCUGGAGAAGAAGACCUAAAGAAAGCCUACCGAAAACUUGCACUAAAAUUUCAUCCAGAUAAAAACCAUGCGCCUGGGGCUACAGAAGCUUUUAAAAAGAUUGGAAAUGCAUAUGCGGUAUUAAGCAAUCCAGAGAAACGUAAGCAAUAUGACCUGUCUGGAUGCGAGGAACGCAUGCAUACCAACCACAGAAAUGGUGGUUUUGAUUAUCACAGAGGAUUCGAGGCAGAUAUAACUCCUGAAGAUCUGUUUAACAUGUUCUUUGGAGGAGGCUUUCCUUCAGCAAAUGUUCGUACAUAUUCUAAUGGACGCACAACAUAUAGCCAUCACCAGCACCAGCAUCAUAGUGGCCAUGACAGGGAAGAUGAAAGGGGAGAUGGUGGCUUCUCCAUGAUUAUUCAACUAAUGCCUAUAAUUGUAUUGAUACUAGUGUCUUUGCUUAGCCAAUUAAUGGUCUCCAAUCCUCCAUACAGUUUAUACCCCAGAUCUCUCAGCGGUCAAACCAUCAAGCGCCUAACAGAAAAUCUUCAAGUACCAUACUACGUAAGCAAGGAUUUUCAGUCUGAAUAUAGUGGUAUGUCACUGCAGAAGUUAGAAAAGAAUAUUGAAGAGGAUUAUGUGGCUAAUGUAAGGAAUAACUGCUGGCGAGAAAAACAACAGAAAGCUGAUCUAAUACAUGCAGCAAAAGUAUACCGAGAUGAUAGACUGCGAGUGAAAGCAGAGUCAAUAUCUAUGCAAUACUGCAAAGAACUUGAGCGACUGAAUUCAAUCUAUCGAGGAGGAUGA